UAAGCCUAUUAAUGUCCCCACUGCUCGGGCACAGGCCUUCCCUAUGGAUGGAUUAUAGGGAGAUUGGGCCAUGACCCACCACGCGGGCUCAGUGCGGAUUGGUGGGUGCUAACGACUGCAGAUGCAGCCGGGACCAACGGCUUAACGUGCCUUCCGCAGCACGGAGGAGCUCGAGAUAAUAAGUUUUUGCCUAUUAAUGUCCCCACGGCUGGGGCACAGGCCUUCCCUAUGGAUGGAAUAGGGAGAUUGGGCCAUGACCCACCACGCGGGCCCAGUGCGGAUUGGUGGGUGCUAACGACUGCACAUGCAGCCGGGACCAACGGCUUAACGUGCCUUCCGAAGCACAGAGGAGCUCGAGAUAGUGCUGAUAUGUCGUUCCAAGGCGAAUACGCGGCGCAGAUGCUGGGCCUGUCCGGGGGAGCGGAGAGUACCGGCGCGCGGGGGGAGGAGACGCCCCGCCCUCCCUCGCGGCCCGCCGUCCCCUCGCCCGCCGCGCCUGCCCCUCCCUCGCCCUACAGAAAAGAGGAGAAGGAAACCAACCAUGUAGCCAACAAUAAGUUCAACAAUCGGUAUCCUAGCGGCGCGGGGGUUGGCCAGGGGGUGGCGACGAAUGCUGGGACCGGUGCGGGCGCGGGGGCGGGGGAGGAAGAAGGCGUGCUGGACUUACGCGCGCGCGACCCUUCUGUCAUCUCCGUAGGCUCGCAGCACUCCGGCGCCUCCGAGCCGGCGGGCUAUCUGGACGCCGUCAGGUCGACGGUUUCCGUGUACUCUGGCAACUCUAACUCCAGCUCUGACCGGGAUAUCUUGGACCUGUCGAUGCCCGACAAGAACUCGAUGACCGAAGUCUGCUACGUCUGCGGAGACGAGUACAAACGAGGCACUCUCUACAACCUGCACACGAAGGAACCGAAGGAUAAAACGAACAAGCAGGCGUACUUCCCGAUAUUCGGCGAGCAGCACCCGCGGCCGCCCCGAUCGCGGCCCAAGGACGCGCAGGGCACCGUCCGCGCCUGCCCCGCUUGCCACCACCAUCUGCUGCAGCAGUGGAACACCCACCAGAUGGACAUGUGGUGGCGACAUCUACACGCCCCACAUAUUAUAACCAACAUGGAGGAAGUUAUCGCUCCCCUCGUCAAGAGAUGGCGCUACCGUCGCUGCACUCAUAAACUAACAUCACCGAGUUCGAAGGGAGAUCUUCCUAUUCGACCUUCCAUAGACACGAAGCCUGCCCCGACUGACAUCAUUAUCUGCUGUGUGAAAAUAUUUUCACAAAGCGGGUCGUUACGUUCCCUAAAAUAUGGUUGAGCGAAGCGAUGGCUGGUUCAUGCGUCAUGCUCGUGAACGGAAAUGAUUAUGUUUAUGAACUCGGUAAUAAAUUUCUUCAGAGGAGCACGCGCGCUAGCUUACCUUGCCACCUACUUACUGUGGCCACUAUUCCUACACGAACAAAGAAAUCUGGUGACUCAUUUCUUUGUCGUACUAUUCGUAAGUGGAAUUCUUUGCCCGCGCACGUGUUCUUUCUUUCCUACAAUGUGGGGUAUUUUAAGAGAAGCGUGAAGAAGCAUUUCUGCAGGCCGGCCAGCUUCGCGUUUGGACUUUAUCAACACUUAACAUCAGGUGGGGUAGAGUGGGAUUUGCCUACCUGGCUAUAA